AAUGCGCGCUCCCACACUGUUUUUCGGCCUCCUACUGGUAGCCAGCUGCUCCUCGAUUCUGGCCAGGCCACAGGAGAGCACUACUCCGAGCACCACCACCUCAACCACCACCACGACUCCGAAGCCGGAGGAGUCGUCUACAACCACAACGACAUCGACUACGACGACCACGACAACGACAACGGAAAAGCCGAAAUCAGAGUCCACAACUGCCAGUACUACCACCACAAGUACCACCCCCAGCACCACCCCAAGCACCACCCCCAGCACCACCCCCAGCACCACCCCCAGCACCACUCCCAGCACCACUACAACCACUACUACGACCACCACUCCGAAACCCGAUGAUGAUGAGGCCGCCAAGCUGCUGCAGCAAUGUGCCGAGCUGAGCCGCCGGAAGAAGCGAGGUGGAUCUUCCUCGUCCGAAGAGGACGACAGUGGCGAGAAGAAGUCGGCGAAGAAAGAGCGCAAGCAGUUGAAGAAGCUGUGCAAGCAGUUGAAGAAGCAGGAGGAGCGCAAGCAGGAGAAGGCCCAGAAGUCGGCGUUAUCCGAACUGGCUGAAGCCCUGAAAAACUACAACCAAAAACAGAAGAACUAG